AUGCCAGGCAUCCUACCCAUGAAGGUCAUCAAGGUUGGGUCGAGCUCCCAAUCCCGUAUUGCACAGGCCUGUGACAGAUGUCGAAGCAAGAAGAUCAGAUGCGACGGAAUCCGACCCAGUUGUUCGCAAUGUACCAGCGUCGGAUUCGAGUGCAAGACUAGCGACAAGCUGAGCCGUCGCGCCUUCCCUAGAGGAUACACAGAGUCGCUUGAGGAAAGAGUCCGAAGUCUGGAAGCGGAGGUCAGAGAAUUGAAGGAGUUGCUCGACGAAAAGGACGAGAAGAUUGACAUGCUGUCAAAACUGCAUUCGGCCUCUUCACAAUCUGCUUUUCAGAACUCACCGCGGCGGCCGUCAGUCUCACCAGCAGUUCCCUCACCAAACAUAGUCAGCGAAGACGUUUUUCAAGUUCAACAAACUCUCCAGCUCGAUGGCAAUGGCACAAACGCCCACUUUGCCGGCAACUCAAGCGGAAAGGCCUUCUAUGACGCCUUCUCAAAACGAGUUCAGGAGCUUGGCCGAGCAUCGCCAGCCAUCAACGUUCAGAAUCUUCUACCCGGAAGCACUCACAUCCCACCCCGUGACCCCCUCUCAGAUCCCAUCGUCUGGAAGGCCCCUGCCAGACUCGAAUCCGACCAAUUAAUCGGCAUCUUCUUCCAGGAGUGGGCACCAGUCUUCCCUAUUCUGCAUCGUCCCACCUUCCUAGAACUCUACCAGUCUUACAUGUCCGCUCCUGAGAACAUUGUGGACAAUUGGAGCCAUGCUCAGCUCAACCUUGUUUUUGGAAUUGCUGCUUUGUCUAGUGGUUCACGCGACGCAGCGGGACUUCUAUCAUUCGAGACACAAUGGCAGGCAGCUAUCGACACGAUACUAUCGGAUCACAGCAUGCCCACGUUGCAAUGCCUUGUCUUGGCACAGCUAUACUGCAUGCAGCGUGGUGAUUAUGACAGGCUUUUGACUUACAAGGCACUCGCCGUUACUCUUUCUUCUAGAUUGGGUCUGCAUCAGUCACAGAAGCGUUUUGCGUUGGGUGCCUCCACUAGCGAGAUGAGGAAGAAGGUUUUCUGGUCUCUGUACACCAUUGACUGCUUCUCCGCCGUCACUCUAGGUCUUCCCAAACAGCUCAAAGAUGAGGACGUCCACUGCGAGGAGCCUCAUGACGCUGAUGAGGAAUACGUUGACGAGACUGGAUUCAAGGCCCCUUGCCCUGGUGAGUACACUAGAGUGUCUAGUGCUCUUGCACUCUUCCGUGCUGCCCGUAUUCUUUCUCGGGUGUUGGAGGAGAUUUAUCCUGCUCGUUCUUCAUACGAGCUCUCGCUGCAAAAGCUCUCGGCGUUGUCGGAAGAACUCGAUGCGUGGCACAACGCCCUUGCGCCACACUUGCGCCUUCCUUUCGCAAAUGACAAACCGACGACCGGAACUGUCAGCAGCCGUUCUCCAUUGCUGUCGUUAACUUACCACUUCAUUCGUGCUCUGAUUCACCGCCCAGCUGUGUGCGCCUCUCUUGGCCCAAGAGCUUCGUCGUCUGUGCUUGCAGUGGCAGGAUCUUCUAAGCAUAUCAUCCAAAUUAUUGAAUUGCUGAGCGAGAGAGGGCUAAGUUUCUCAUUUUGCAUCAACAAAGAUGAGCUCCUCGUUCUAUCUGGGCUGGGUCUUCUCUUCCAGAGCCUGGAACUCGGAGAGAGCAGCAAGCUUGUCAAGGACAACCAGAAGAUGACUUCAGCUGUUGUCAAAAUCUUGACACAGACCAAGGCACCUUCUGCAACUGAAUUCCAGAAACUCACACCUUCAGUGCCAACACAGCUUACGACAAAACAUCAACAGCCGAGCUUGUCGCGCCACAACUCUGAUGGUGCUGUUCACCCUGUGGGCUUGUCGAACCAUGGAAGUUCUUCUCCGACAGAAAAGAAUCGAUUCAAGGCAGCAGCUCAGAAACUCAUGGCCAAGAACCCUUUCGAUCGCCAUGACCAAAGAAGAGCAACCUUCCCCAACAUCUCACUGCACCACGAUGCGAUCCAGACUCAGAGCCAGCCCAACAUACCCCAGGUCGCGACUUCUGAACCCGCAUACAGCCCCGCCAAUCCUUCCCCCGCACCACUACCCGCGUCCGCCCGACCUUCAGCGCCACCAAACCUUAGACCAGUUCGAUCCCUCCCUCAGCAGCAGCUCAACCUGGACUAUCUCUCGUUCAGCAACGUUCCUACCCGUACGCACUCACCUGAUACCCAUGCAUCCAUCAAGCAGGAGCCCUCGGACUGGGAACGUCUACUCGGUUCGCUGGACAACGGACAGACCAAUAUUUUCGACAACAUCUAUGGCGGACCACCUGUUGACUUUCUUGACGCCCACAACCACCAAAAUGUCAAGCACAUGACGCCCAUGGCUACAAGCUUACCCAACCCGGCUCCCCAGUGGCACCACUCACCCCCUGAUGUCUGGGCUGUCACAAACUCCGACAUCAAUACUAUGACCUGCAGCAUGGCUGGUACUAUCGCGCAUCCCGAAAGUGUCUUCAGCAUUGGUACCGACGACGAUGGCACUGCUACUGGCGAUGAGCUUUUUGGCAACGAUUGGGGCAGCGCCAGCAGCACCAACGGCGAAGCCUACCAUGCAGGCAUAGUCAUGCCAAACAUGACUCCCGACGAGCACAGCAUAUUGAACAGCAUGUGGAGCGAGAGCACCGCUGUUCUUCAAGCCUCUUGA